AGCGGCUCGAGUCGUCCCGGUAGUAGGUUUGUCUGGCUGGGCCUGAGAAGCUGCACUGGCGUUGCCAUGGUUACUUUCUCCUAACUGGCCCUCCCUGUUUCAUGUGCCCACCGCCUUCUUCCGUGCUUCAGUCUUCUCUUUCCUGUUAGAGGAGCGGAGGGAGGGAUCGUGUGAUACUUACUGGGAUGGCACCUGCUACCCAAAAAGCAAUGAUGCUCCAGAGUUUGGCACAAUUACUGCAGGAUUCUGGAGACUUGAUUCUUGAUGGUACUAGUACCUUGACUUUAUUUACCUCUACACUGCAGUAUCUUACACAAAUAUUUGAGCAGCACCUAGUACCACGAAAUCAGAACCACGGCUUUAUUGCACUCUCAUCACACCCUGCUGAAACUUCUGCCAUCCUUCAAGCCCAAUUCCUCUUUGAUGUCUUGCAGAAGACUCUGUCUUUGAAGCUAAUUCAUGUUCCUGAUUGUCCUCUGCCAGCUGUGGUGAAGAUCUUUCCCUUCAAAUCUUUGCGGCGUUUAGAGCUAAAGUGUGUCCCUCUACAAUGUUUGAGAGGACUACGACUUAUAUAUUCCCAGUUGGAGGCUUUGACCUGUUCUAAGUGUGUGAACUCAUUACAGGAGAUAAUUUCAGCAUGUGGAGGAGAUCUCAGUUCUGCCCUGCCUUGGCUGGAAUUGCAGACUGUCAACUUCAGCUACAACUCCAUCACUAAUCUGGAUGACUCACUGCAAUUAUUGAAUGCCCUAAAGGCUUUGGAUCUUAGUCACAAUCUCCUCCAGGACUGUGAGCACUACUUGACAGUGCUAACAGAGCUGGAAUAUUUAAAUGUCGCCUACAACUUCCUGCCCAAAAUGCCUGCUCUUGGGCUGCAUAGCAGAGCUAAAUUGGUGGACCUGAUCCUGCGGUACAACCAGCUAGACAGUAUUAAUGGUGUGGAGCAGUUAUCUAGUCUGCGGCACCUGGAUAUUGCCUAUAACUUGUUGUUGCAGCAUGCUUUAUUGGCACCACUGUCUUCGCUGCACAACUUGAAAAGACUGCAUUUAGAAGGGAAUCCAUUAUGGUUUGAUCAAAAUCAUCGGCCAGCUACCAUGUUCCACUUAUCUCCAAGGGUUAUUUCUUGUGAGUUCCUCCUUGAUGGAGAGUUGGUGUCUGCCUCUGAUCUGCGGAAUCUGUCAAAACUGGAUCAGGUGGUUAUUCGGGUCCUCAAAUCUUCAGCAGCACACCUUGCUUCAGAGAAGUUGUCUCCUGGAGCAUCAAGACCGCGAGUGCUCCUGGAAAGUUCAAAGGCAGACCAAAGUGAUAGCCAAUCUGCUGGAGAGAGCAGAGCUUCCAGGGUGCCACUGCAGAAGAAAACAAAGGGGAAAGUCAAAGUGCGCAGGGCCAGCAUCUCGGAGCCUAGUGAUACAGACCAUGACCAUUCAACAGUACCCCUCUCAGCAGGUGAAGUUCACAAAGCACCUAGUCAGAAAAUGGAGCUUGGCAUGGACAGUUUCCGGAUUCUUUGGUGCGAAAGUGGCUUCUGGCCGAAGUACAGACGGGCACCUAGAAGCUGGAGUAGUCAGGCUGCCCAUUCCACCUCUGACAGCCCUACAAUAGAAUCUCUAGGCAGUUCAACUGAGGUUUCUGAACAGAUCAAGAGUGCAGUUCCACAGCAGGAGAUUGCUGAUUCUGCAGAAGGAAAGGAACUGGAUCCAUCAAAUGCUGAAGCUGUGAUGGAAGGUAUCACCACAGUAGUGGAAACAGAUCGUUCUGCAUCUACAGAAGAGAGAGAGGAGGAGGAGGAGAGACCAGAAGCGGAACUUUGUCAGCCAGUGCUGGUAAGCCGGAUAGAAGGUGAUGGUGAUCCAGACCCAGACUGGAUCUUCCUGCGACUUACUGCUCGACAUGUGAUAGAGGUGGAACUGAAAGCAGCCAAAGUUGUGCACAGGCUGGAAGUGCAAAACCUGCAGAAAAUAGAGACAUCGGAGAUGCUGUGGAGAAGACUGGACCUGGAAGGUGUGUUUCCUGUGCUCACACUGCAUUUCAACUAUAUCUGCAAGGACCGUCAGAAGCGUCAAUAUGUGGUAUUGGAUGAUCACCCUGAGCUUUGUGUACAGGAAUUGCUGAGAGUGUUGAAACCCACCAUGGAAGAGAAUGGGAAAAAGGGCAGAGAGCAGGCAGAGGAAAGUCCAAAGCUCCAGUGCCUGAAAUGUAAAUGGGAGUUUGUUGCAGGCUUGCUCUAUCAGCAGAAUCCAAGCCCUUCUAAAGAGAUGCCAGCAUUACCUGAGCAAGGUUUGUGUGGUAUCAGCAAUCCUCUUGCAUCUAAUGUGUCUUCAUUUUUUAUUGAAGUUUGCUGCAUAAGUUUUAAUGAGCCAAAUGAUCUGCCCCCUAAAUCUCAGCCUGAAAGUGACCAUGUGGUUAUCCUGCCCUGUGAGAGACACCCAAGCACACCACCAGCCCCUCAGGAGUGUCUUGAUGAAAGCCAGCAAGAGGGAGGGAAGUUUUACAUUGGAGACGAGAACUCUGAGACUGGAACCAGCUCCAGUACCCGGACUCAAGAGCUGAGCAGUGACCAUGGCAGUGUGGUGCAUUCCAGUUCCCGCAGCUCUGAAGGAGGCAGUGGGAGCAGAAGGGAUUUGGGCUCCCAGGGCUGCAAUUCCUCCCUCAGCCACAUGGACACCAAUGCUGGAAGCCUGAUGGGGAGCUACGGCUACUGUGCUUCCCGGGGAACCACCCCUUCUCAGCUGUCCCUGAGCUCAGAAUAUGAAGAGCACUGGAACCUCAGUCCUCCCUCAAACGCUAUGUUGACCACGCAGGACUUCUGUUCUGUGGACCAUCGUCUCAAGCUUUAUUUGGACAUGGAAGUCUUCAGCAAAUCAGAAGAGUUCAGGUGCUUCCUAAAGGUUGGUGUGGUGAAGGAUGGCAAACCGGGGGAAUUCCUGGCACUAGUAGUGGCUUCAGAUGUCCAACUCUAUUUUUUGGAGAUUAACGGAGAAAUCAGGGGGCAGCCAUCAGAUUGGCUGAAGAAGGGUGACAGCCAUAGUCUCACUAACCUCUGUGCCUGGGAGGUGGGGCUGUUCCAUCAGAGCUUGCACAUUGAGUUUGAGAACCCAUGCACCUCCUAUACUCUCCUGCUUCGCAACCAGAGCCGCUGCAGAAGAUUCCUGCAAUGCCUCACACAUCUCAUGCAGGAAUUGCCACCCAAGAGCCGGAAAGAAAUCCCAGAGGUUACUGUGGCAGAAAUGACUCUGCAUCAUCCACUGUGGGUAUUUCUUGACAAAGACCUAGCAAAAGAAGCUGGAGGUGGCUCAGCCAAGCCCUUCUUCUACCUCUUGGCCUAUCUCAUCCAAGGAGCGUCAGCCUUUCCUGUGACACUGCUCAGCACUCAUAGCAAUCUCUUCUUAGUGGAAGAAGAUCAUCAGAGGCAGAAAGUUCCACCCUCCUCUGGUGCAGAAGGUGGUACUGUGAAGCUGCCAAAUAGCUUCCAGCUGAAAGAAAGUCAGCCAAUCAGCAGCAUCAGUGGUGUUAUACUUUACCGCUUCUCCCCUUGUGAUAUGAAGCUGCAACUUUAUGAUGAAGUCCGAAAGGAGGAGAGUACUUGGCACUUACGCACAGAGUGUCCAGAUUUGCUGGCUGAGCUGGUGGAGUGGCUGCGUGUUCCCUGGGAAGAAAUGUUUUCAAUUGCUCUCAACAAAACAGUGCUUGAGGUGCUGGAGUGAAUGAGGGAGACAAUGAAGGACUCUUGACUGCUAUAUGUCGAUCUCAGUUGAAUUGGAAGGACUCUGCUUGGGCUGCCCCCUGAUCUCUGCUGCAGUCUACUGUUUUAAACCUUACCAGCUGCACUGACCAUUGCAAGUGACCAACUUUCAUCCAAUCUUGUUGCUUUGGCAGCAGACUUGGCAAGUUUCAUAUUUGCACUAUAAGGCCUGAGACUUUGUAGGUUCCUCUUUGACAAGAGGGGCGCUAACCAGUCUGCCCACAAACUACUUCCUGUUGCACUAAAAUACCCAAGUGCUACACUUGGGUCACUUCCUAAGCUGUCCACAGCAACAUGGUGUGCACUCGACACUUUCUGUUGGGUAACAGUUGUUGGGGAUCCUAGAACAGGGCAUUCUAGAACUAGCUAGACCAGUUCUGGAUUGUGCACAAGACCAAAUGUGCUGGCUUGGCUAAAGGGGGCUCAUGCAUGCUUGGUGUUCUCAAGGUGGAUGCUCAGGAAGGUUUUAAUAUGAAGACCUUACUGUCUAGACUGGUCAGGUGCUGUGCAUAUUGGCAGAAGCAUCAAAAGGGUUGCCUUUAGCUACUGCAGCAAGGUGUUCCAGAGUCUCUGGGUGCAAAGAUACUUACGUAUGGGUUACUGGAAGCCAUAAUCUUCCUCAGCCGAACAAGGUUCAAAUGUGAGGAUUUUUAUUUUCAAUAAAAUUGUUCUAUUUAUUAA